AUGGUGUUAACCGGCGCUUCUGCCAGUCUUGUUGAACUAAACGCCACAACCCUAGCAUCCUUGCCACCGCUGUAUGAUCUGGACGAUUGGUACCAGUGUCAGGGGCCUGGAGACGUGUACUGUAUAGUGGACGCUGCAUUAACGUCCACCGAAAAAUCGCCUUUAUUAGAGCUAUUGCAGGAGUAUUCCAGCCAAACGCUAAAACACUACAACAGGACACAGAUCCAUCGCGGCCUUUGCGUGACGAAGUGCAGCAAUGACACGACCGGAUCACGGCGUGAUGCGGCGCAGCGGUGUGUCUCGCGACAGAUGCGAGUGUAUGGGUUGGAUGCGCAAGUCCUCAACGUGGAUUGGUGUACCUCACCAGACAGUGAACCGGGUACAGGCGGUGCGCGAGCUCUUGCUGUUUUCUGCGUCGUGUUACUGGCGUUCGUGCUCGCUGCCACAGCAUUGCACGCGCUCUGUGACUCCUGCUUGAUUGUUGGAAGUAACAAGUAUCUUCUGGCGUUUUCAUUGAAACAAAAUUGGAAAAUCUUGACGUACGACAGAAGCAAGCCGAGGACCGACGAUCGCAUGAAGGACGUCGCCUGCAUGGAAGGUGUCAGGGCAUUGGCCAACGAUAACGCCCUACGAGCAGAGGUGGCUCUCCUCGUCACAGCAUCUAGUCUUACCUACGCGGUGUCAGUACCUCUAGUCCUCUUGAUAGAGCUGCCAGCCAUUCAGCUGUGGAAGGCUCUCACCGAAGGCGGUCCACGACCUCCGCCGUCCCCGCGCGCGCCUACGCCUCCCUCGUUGGCCAAAACCUUCGACCUGGUUGCUCACAUCCGGAGAAGACACGAAGUCUAGAAACUGCUAGUGGUUAUUUUGUCAACAUUCGCCAAUAAUUCACCAUGUAACACGAUUAUUAUUUCUUUCGAUUACGUAAAUGUCACUAUGGAGCUAUAUAUAUAAAUACAGCUGUGACUGCCAUAAAAGCAAAAUUCCAGGUAUGUAGCUACUCUUUUCCACAUAUUUGCUGCUCCAUUAAACAGAAAGAAAUACUGUCAAACUAGAAACAACUUUUUUUAAAUUUGUUACAUAAUUUAACAAAUUAAUGCCGUUGUCACACAGGCCAAACACUAACGAAGAGAUGUACGGUCGAGGUAUACUGUGUUUUUUUUUAAUGUGACUGUAUGGGUAAAUCCGAAACAAUAGAAGACAAGAAAACUGUCUUA